GCGCCUGCUGCUGUCUUCAAGAAGCGCGGCGCAAAGGGCAAGGCAAACAUCCGAAAGCGACCCGCGACGCCUCCACUAGUAGCCAGCGACGACUCGAGCGAUUUCUCAUCUUCCGAGGACGACUCCGGUCUGAGGGUCAAGCGCAGGAAGAACAACACGGGUGUUGGGACAGCGGUGUCCAGAAACAAGGCCGCAGCUGCUGCUGCGACAGACGUCUCGUCAGCCACUAUCUUCGAAGCCGACCGCGGCCUCGGGCUCGACAGCAAUCAGGAUGCGACCAAGUCGAGCAAUUGGUUCGACGAGGACGUCGACGGCGCUCUCUCGGCAAAGAGCUUGCUCGGUUCCACGCGCGCCCUGCAGUCUAAGAAGUCUGCUGGCAGCAGCAGCGUAGAGGCCGCCCAGGACCCCCCCGACGGUACCUACAAGGGCCUCGCCAACCAGACCUCGUACAUACAAAAGAACCCGAACGCGCCUUCGCGGAUUGUCGGGCCCGUGAAGGUGCCUACAAACAUCCGUACGAUUACAAUUACAGAUAUGGCGCCUGAUGUGUGCAAAGAUUACAAAACAACCGGCUUCUGCGGCUUUGGCGAUUCAUGCAAAUUCCUUCACGCUCGAGAAAACUACCUGCACGGGUGGCAGCUUGACAAGGAGUGGGAGAACGUGACCAAGGGGAAGAAGACGGUAGGGGGCACGAUUGUGGCGAGCGCGGACCGGCGGAACCGAAACGGCGCCGACAACAACGACGACGACCGGGACGCCGAGGAGGAGGCCAUGCUCGAGAACAUACCGUUUGCGUGCUUCAUAUGCAAGGGCCCAUACAAAGCUCCCGUAGUGACGCGGUGCGGGCACUAUUUCUGCGAGGCGUGCGCACUCAAUAGGUAUCGCUGCGAUCCCGGGUGCGCGGCUUGCGGAAUGGGCACCAACGGUGUCUUCAACUCGGCCAAGAAGCUACAGAAGUUGCUCGAGAAGAAGAAGGAGCGGGCUGCGCGCAAGAGGCAGGAGGCCAUAGAGGCCGGGGAAGAUGUUAGCGAGGAGGAAGAGGAC